AUGAGUGUGGAAAUCUCUACAUUUACAGGUUCAGACUGGUAUACAGUGAGGGUGGAUUUGACGGUGAUGGAUGUCAAUGAUAAUGCCCCAGAAUGGAUGAUGGUCCCUUUCCCCUACCUGAGUGUGGUCUCUGCUAAUGCCCCACCAAACACACUGGUCUACAAGCUUCAAGCCAGAGAUGGUGAUGAGGGCAUCAAUGGAGAGGUGGAAUACUUCCUGUCUGAUGGAGGUGACAGGAGAUUUGAGGUGGACAGGAAGAACGGUCAUGUGCGGAUGACAGGCCUCCCCCUGCAAAGAGACAGAGAAUACCUACUCACAGUGGUGGCUGUUGAUCGGCAGGGCAGCCGCAGUCCUCCCGCUGUAGUGUCUAUCAUCGCAGGCCCAAGAGCUCCUCAGUUCACCAACGUGUCUUAUACAAUUUCCAUACCAGAAAACACACCAGAAGGGCAACCCUUCCUAGUCACUCCAGCAGUGUCCUUCCAAAAACAGCUUGUAACUUACAGCCUGCUCAUCAAUCCUAGCAGUCUUUUCAGCAUCCAGCCAGAGACGGGGGAGAUCAGUCUGACCCGUACUAUAGACUAUGAGAGUGACCAGCACCGCUACCUGCUGCUGGUGCGGGCCAGUGAGAAUCAGCACAGUCUCAGUAGUGCUGCUGAGGUGCGAGUGAUCAUCACAGAUGAGAAUGACUGUGUUCCUGAGUUCCAGCAGUCCAUUUAUAGCAAAGACGGUGUCCCUGAGACAGUCACGACUGCAACAUCGCUUCUGCAGGUAUCAGCCAGUGAUUGUGAUUCGGAGCAGAAUGCAGAGAUCACAUACUACACGCUUAGUCCAGAUUUCAUCAUUUCAGCCCAUGGCACCAUAUUCCCGGCAGGCCCUCUGGAUUACGAGAGGCCCAACCACCUGUAUGAAUUCGUAGUGAUGGCGGUGGAUAAGGGUGAGGUGUCCCGCACUGGCACGGCCACUGUGCGUCUUCGUAUGGCCAAUGUCAACGACGAGCCUCCAGAGUUCUCGCAGCCUGUGUAUCAGACCUUUGUCUCUGAGGACGCAGGGCCCAACACUCUGGUUGCAACAGUCCUGGCCAAGGACCCAGAUGGAGAUGGGAUCACAUACAAAAUUACAGCAGGCAAUGAAGGCGGCAACUUUGUCAUCGACAGUCAGAAAGGAUUGAUCCGUCUCCGCUCCAGUCCAUCUCCUAGACUUCAGGGACUAAAGUACAUCCUGAACGUAACGGCAACAGAUGAUAACGCCUCCGGUGGGCCGCAGUCACUCUCCGCCAUUGCCCAGGUCAUUGUAGGAGUAGACGAUGUGAACAACAACAAACCUCUGUUUGAAAAGUGUGCUGAGUAUAAAGACAAGGCAUCAGUUCUGGAAAAUAAGCCAGCGGGAACAUUUGUGCUGCAGGUCCAUGCAGAUGAUGCUGAUGAAGGAGCCAAUGGAAAAGUCACAUAUGGUUUUAUGCAUAAAGACAGCACUGUUCCUGCCUUCAGCAUUGAUCCAGAAACAGGUGUUAUCGUAACUGCUAUGACGUUUGAUCGGGAGAGGCAGAGAGAGUAUGCAGUAACAGUGACGGCCACGGACCAAGCGGAGGACCCCCUCAUAGGCAUCUGCCAGCUCAACAUUCUUAUCCUCGACGAGAAUGACAACAGCCCCAAAUUUGAGAACCUGCGCUACGAAUACUUCUUACGUGAGGACACCAUGAUCGGGACCAGUUUUCUGCGAGUGGCUGCACAUGAUGAUGAUUACAGCUCUUACGCGGCCAUCACUUACUCCAUGUCCGAGGAGCAGCCGGAGUAUCUACGAGUGAAUCCACUCACUGGCUGGAUCUACGUAAAUCAGCCAAUCUCGCAGAGGACCUACAUCAGCAGGCAGAUCAUCGCUACAGAUGGAGGGAAUCAGAGCAGUUCAGUCGAGCUGGCAGUCACCAUCACUAACGUGAAGAACCAGCCUCCACAGUGGGAGAAGGACACAUAUGAGGUCGUCAUACCUGAAAACACUGUCAGAGACACUCCAGUUGUGACUAUCAAGGCCACCUCUCCGCUGGGCGACCCGAGGGUGACUUAUAACUUGGAGGAUGGAUUGGUGCCAGAGAGCAACAUGCCUGUUCGUUUUUACCUAACCCCGAAUCGUGAAGAUGGCUCUGCCUCUAUACUUGUCGCAGAGCCCUUGGACUAUGAGAUAACACGCAACUUCAUGCUUAGGGUUCGAGCUCAGAACGUGGCUCCUGUUCCCCUGGCUGCCUUCACUACUGUUCACAUAAACAUCACAGAUGUCAAUGACAACGUUCCAUUCUUCACCUCCUCCAUAUGCGAGGCAUCUGUGACUGAAGGGGCCGAAAUUGGGACUCUAGUUCUCCAAGUGUCAGCUAAUGAUCUUGACCUGGGACUGAAUGGGAAGAUCUCAUACUCCCUACUGAAUGACCGUAGUGGAGACUAUCAGUACUUCCGCAUUGAUCCUGAGCUGGGCACCAUCUACACAGAGGCUGUGUUUGAUCGAGAGACCAAGGGAUCUUACCUUUUGGAAGUGAAGUCAGUAGAUGGCUGGGAAUCAUCCAGGCCAGGAAAGCAUGGACAGCCUAACUCAGAUACUGCGUAUGUGCGUAUUUUCAUCAGCGACGUGAACGAUAACAAGCCGGUGUUUGCGCAGUCUGUGUAUGAAGUUGACGUGGAUGAGGAUGCUGACGUGGGCUCCACCAUCCUCACAGUCAGCGCUAAUGAUGAAGAUGAAGGUGCUAACGCCAAGUUACGCUACCAGAUUACAUCAGGCAAUGUGGGAGGUGUUUUUGACAUGGAGCCCGAGGUGGGAACCAUCUUCAUUGCCCAGCCAUUGGACUAUGAACAGAACAAGCUCUAUAAGUUGCACAUCUUGGCCUCCGAUGGGAAGUGGGAAGAUUACGCUACUGUAAUAGUGACUAUUGUGAAUAAGAACGAUGAGGCACCUGUGUUCUCUGUGAACGAGUACUACGGCAGUGUGACAGAGGAGAUGGACGGUUCUCCUGUCUUUGUGUUGAAGGUAACAGCAUCUGACCCAGAUAACGAUGCUGACCAGGAGGCUUUGAGAUAUUCCCUUCAUGGUCAAGGUGCUGAGAGCGAGUUCAUCAUUGACGAGGUCACGGGGAAGAUAUAUGCUCAGAGAACAUUAGACCGUGAGGCCCGGGCAGUGUGGCGUUUUGUGGUCCUGGCCACAGAUGAGGGUGGCGAGGGACUAACGGGUUUCACCGAUGUCAUUAUCAAUGUGUGGGACAUAAACGACAACGCUCCUAUUUUUGCUUGUGCUCCAGACAGUUGCCAUGGUGACGUAUCUGAGAACUCCCCGCCUGGCACUUCCGUCAUGGAGAUGACAGCCACUGAUCUAGAUGAUGCGGCUGUCGGACAAAACGCAAUGCUGGCCUAUAGAAUUGUGGGUAACGCUGCCCUAAAUGGAGCUAACAGCGGAGCAGAUGUGUUCAGCAUCAAUCCCGCUACUGGGACUGUUUCAGUGGCAAUGUCUGGCCUAGACAGGGAACAGACUGAUUCGUACGUCUUGGUGGUUGAAGCACGAGAUGGUGGAGGUAUGAUAGGAACGGCUACCGCGACUAUACACGUGACGGACAUCAAUGACCACGUCCCACGUUUCCUGGACCGCACGUGCUCCGUACGCAUCCCUGAGAGCAGUGAGCCCAACACGCUGAUCAUAGAGCUUGCCGCAGAGGAUGCGGAUGCUGGAGAGAAUGGCCAGCUGACCUUCAGUGUGGUGGCCGGUGAUCCCGAACAGAAGUUUUACAUGGUGAGUCAUCGACAGGAGCAACGCGGGACCCUUCGUCUCAAGAAGCAUUUGGAUUACGAAAGACCAGGUGAGCAACGCUUCAACCUCACCAUAAAAGUGGAAGAUAUGCAGUACUCCAGCCUGCUGCACUGCACUCUUGAGAUCGAAGACUGCAACGACCACAUGCCAGUCUUCAUUCCUCACUUUAUACAGCUUCCAGCCGUACGAGAGGAUGUCGCUCCAGGAACUAACGUGGCGAGUGUGGCUGCCAGUGAUUUGGACUCGGGGUUGAAUCGUGAGAUCACUUAUAGCAUUGCUUCAGAGUCUGAUCCUUACCAUCUGUUUUCUGUGGACCAGUCAGGGUUGGUCACUGUGGCUAGUGAGCUGGACCGGGAAAAGGUCGCACAGCAUCAUUUGGUUAUACUUGCGACAGACCACGGCACGCCACCGUUGACUGGCACCGCAACUAUCCAGAUGGCUCUGCUGGAUGUCAACGACAACGGCCCUGAGUUUGAGGCUGCAUACGCACCAAUAGUGUGGGAGAACGUUUUGGGCCCACAGGUUGUGCGGCUUAACCAGAGCUCCACAUUACUAAAAGCCGUGGACCGAGAUUCAGAGGAGAAUGGCAGAAUGCUUUUUUUUUUAAUGACAGGGAGAAUGCCAACCAGUGUACUGGGGAAGGUUUACUCACCAGAUCCAGAUGACUGGGAUAACAAGACGUAUGCCUUCGAGGGACAUGUUCCUAAUUAUUUUAUCCUGAACAAGCGGACAGGGUUCCUCAUCCUAAAGGAGAACACUCCUCCUGGGAGUUAUGACUUUCAGGUUCGAGUGUCAGAUGGGCUGUGGCCGGAUGCCAUCUCUAGCGUGAAGGUGAAUGCGAGAGAGCUACGGGACGAUGCCAUCUACAACUCAGCCUCUCUGAGAUUAGCAGACAUCUCCGCCACAGAGUUCAUGGAACGUCGUGGCAGUCUGAAGAGCAGGUACGAGCUGCUGGGCGACUUCCUGUCAGACAUGCUGUCUGUGGGGGCAGACGACAUCAACAUUUUCAGUCUGGUGGAAGUGCAGCACAGGACUCUGGAUGUGAGGUUCUCCGUUCACAGCGCGCCGUUCCUCAGGGCCGAGAAAGUCCAUGGAUACCUUGCAGCUCAUAAACAAAAACUCCAGUCUUUUCUUCAAGUCAACGUGACCCAGGUUCAUGUAGAUGAGUGUGUGGAUGCUGACUGUCGGGGAGGAGGGGGCUGCACCAGCUAUCUGAGCGUGACUGACAAGCCGGCAGUGGUUGACUCGGGCAGCAUGGCUCUGGUGUCAGUGACUGUGGAAGCCACAGCUGUCUGCAGCUGCUCAGCACGUGAAAACCUCCACCAGAGCUGCUCCGUCUAUCCCAGAACCCCCUGCCACAACGGAGGAGUCUGUGUGGACACGCAGAGUGGAUACAGAUGCCAGUGCCCGGCUCAGUUUGAGGGACCCGAGUGCCAGCAGACAAAACACAGUUUCCAUGGCAACGGCUAUGCUUGGUUUCCCCCUAUAAGGCCAUGCUUCGAGAGCCACCUCUCGCUGGAGUUCAUCACAGAGGUGGCAGAUGGCUUGCUGCUCUACAGCGGACCCCUCUCCCAGCUUCAGCCGUGGGAGCCGGAGGACUUUAUGGCCAUAGAACUGAUCGACGGCACCCCCACCCUGAAAAUUAACCACGGCUCGGGUACAUUGGUCCUGCAGUUGCCGGGCAACGUUUAUGUAGCGGACAGACGGUGGCACAGACUGGACGUGAGGAGCAACAGCAAAGAAGUUCGUUUUACACUUGACCGCUGCGCAGGAGCCACUAUCAUGGAGAUGGAGGGAGUGGGCAGCUGGCUAACUACUGAAGACCACACUUCCUGUGAAGUUACUGGCGUCACACCGAACAUGGACAAGCAUUUGAACGUGACACAGGUGCUUCAGCUAGGAGGAGUGAAUGAGAACCUGCCGUAUAUCUACCCACAACUACAACACAAGCACUUUACUGGCUGUAUCCGAAACCUCAUUGUGGACAGCAAGUUUUAUGACCUCGGUUCACCGGCUGACUCCUCUGGCAGUGCUCCGGGUUGUCUGAUGACAGACAAUAGUUGUGUGAACAUGGGGUUUCCUUCCUGCGGGACCCGGGGGCGCUGCCAUGGAGAGUGGGGUUCCUUCAGCUGUCAGUGCAUACCUGGGUACAGCGGGUAUCAGUGUGAAAAGGAGGUCCCUGAGUAUUCUUUUGAUGGACGGAGUCACAUACACUUUCAGCUGGCCUUCACUCUCCCAGCCAGACACACACAGGUUCAGGUCCUAGUUCGGACACGCAAACACAGCAGCUCUAUCCUCAGCCUGCUGUCUAAAGAACAGAAUGAAUAUCUCAAACUGGAGAUCUAUCAGGGUCUUUUAAGUGUCUUCUACAACCUCGGUGAUGGGGACUUCAACUUGACAAUGCCGUCUUAUCGUUUAGACAACGGAGAGUGGCAUGACAUUUACUUAGAUCGGCAUGACAAUGAGAUGACCCUGCGCCUGGACGGCGGGGGAGGACAGCGAGAGGUCACGGGAUCGCCGGGUCACAGUCGGGAGAUUGUUAUUGAUCCUGCUGUGGUGAUGCUGGGCAACUCAUUCCCCUCAGGACACAACAAGAGCUUCCAAGGCUGUAUGCGGGACUUGAGACUCAACGGGCGGUUUAUUCCUCUGGACAGUCAGGCCAGAGAGGGGGUGUCGGUGGUCAGUUCUCAAGGUGUCUCUCUGGGUUGUUCCUCUGACUCCUGCCGGAAAAACCAAUGUAGCCCCCCCUUUACCUGCGUGGACCUGUGGAGAAUCCAUGAAUGCAGGUGUCCCCCAGGUCACAUGGUCAAGGCAAACUCCACUGACAAAUUCUGCGUGUACACGCUCUGUGCCAGCCGCCCGUGUCAUAAGGGUACUUGUAUGGCACAGUCUCCCUCUAAGUUCACAUGCCACUGUCCAGAGGGCUACCGCGGACUUCACUGCGAGGUGACACUGGCCAUCUACAGAGACGACGUGGGUCUCAGUUUCAGCUCCCUCUUUGCCAUAUGCAUCUGCUUUAUGGCCCUACUAGUGCUGCUGUUGGGGAUUUUCCUGUACACGCGCUGGCGGAGCUAUAAGGGGCUGAAGGAGGGCGUGUAUCACGUGUCUGCCCACCAUGACGGAUGGGAGGACAUCCGAGAGAACGUGCUCAACUACGACGAGGAGGGCGGCGGGGAGGAGGAUCAGAACGCCUAUGACAUGGCAGAGCUCCAGAAGUCCCUGCAGCCCAGCCCGGCCCAGUCGGUGCAGUACAGCCGAUCGCUAGCCAUUCACCACCACCCUCCCUCCCAACAGCAACACUUUUGCCAGCCUGACCCCUCCUCCAGAGCGGCUACGGCCACCACCACCUCCUCCAUCUCCUCAGGAACCGCCACCAUCCGUAGGGACGUACCCCCCUGCUGCUCUCCGGCUCAAGGCCAGACUGCGAAUCCCAGCCGAGCGGCCCAGCUGGCCCGCAAGAGCUUGUCGUUCUCCAGCCAGGACCUGGCCCGCUACCUGUGUGAAAUUAUCCGUGAUGCCGACCAGCACCCGGAGACGGCGCCCUUUGACUCCCUGCAGGUCUUCUCCACGGAGGGGGGCGGCUCGCUGGCCGGGUCACUGAGUUCCUUCAGCUCUGCUGGGCUGGAAGAGGGAACGGCGGCAGGUCACGAGUGUUUGAAAGAGUGGGGGCCGCGCUUUGAGAAGCUGAAAGCCCUCUAUGAGCGGGCCGAGGGCAGCGACCUCUAAAGAACUGCCAGGAAGAGUUCCUGCAGUGCGAGGAGAGGAGGGAGACCACUAAGGACUUGUCUAAAAACCAGAGGGAUUUUUCUUAUGCCAAAAAUCCCUACGCUUUGGCUUUCUCUGGCGAGUGACAUUUGGGACUCCCAAUGAGCAGCACAUGGGAAGUGCUAAUCCAGGGCACAGCAAGUUGUGGUCAUGGCAAUUUUUAAACCCAAAGCGGCAUCUUUAUUAAAGUGACUUGUGGAUGACAAUGAUUUUAGUGGAACCAUUUGUUGUCUUUGGGACCGACACUGGCGGAGCGCUUUGGACGUGUUCUAUGUCUGUAUGGUCUAUAUGUUCUUAAAUAAAAGUAAGACAGGAAGAAAAAUAAACUGCCGUGCUCAGAUGCGACUAGGAGGGGGGUUGGCCUUCUCCUUUUAUGGGCCACUUUCUGAAAUCAGUUCGCCGCAUGUUCUGUCAGAGUGGCCACUUGUGUUCAUCAAUCAUAACUUCAUAGUUGGAUACUGUUGAUUUUUUUUCUAUUUGCUCAGCCUUCCGCUUAGAUUUUAUUCACUCGGAUGCGAGGAUGAAAGAGGAAGUCUGCGGGAAAAAAACUGAAGAUGUGUGAAAAACACAGAGGAAAAUGAAACACAAAGCAGCUUUAUUGUUUGGCAUUUUAGGAGACAUUCCUUGGGAAUACAAAUUAUGUCCUCUCUUUCUAGCCAAAAAGGAGUGAAGGAACGGCUGGAAUACAAAUGUGGCUGAGUGGCUGGCAUGAGAUGGAAGUUUUCUGUAACUGAAAACUCUCUUGACUCUCACGCUUUACUGAGCGGUAGCAAUCAGAGUCUGCCAAACUAAAGGAUAGUCAUUAAGACAAAUGAACAAAUGUGUGUGUUGUUCCAUGUGAUCAACUCAAACAUGAUAUCGAGCUCUGCUGGAGGUGCUUUCAGCACUGGAAUGAGCUUACAGACCAGUUUGCUUCCUCCCGACAGUAUCAUAUUAUUAACCAAACCAGCUUACCCGACCAUAUCGUCAUUUCCUGUUCUACUAUAAAUAACUCCUUGUAUCCCAUCACAUUAUUCGGCACUGCAGUGAAAGAAAUGGGCCUCGGCACCAGGUGCAUUUAGGGCGUGGCGGUCCAGCGGUUUCAGAGCCUGAGCACCUCCCAUGUAACAUGUUUUAUGAGGCUGCAUGGGGUGAAGGAAAAGCAAGGUAAGCUUGUGUGUGCAAAUGGAAUAACUAAAAGUCUCCCGCCGUGAGGCCUCAAAUGCCAACCUUGUAUUUUAUGCAUUUUAAGGCAGUUUUUUGCCCUCCUUUUAUCAUUUCAGUUAUUUAUUUAUUUAUAUUUUUCUGGAGAAUGCCGUAUGUGGAGCAUGACAGGCUGGCUGAGGAGAGUGCAGCGAGUAGGAGUGUGUUAAAAGACAUCAGAGUGCUAAUCCUAAUGUGAACUGAUCGCUCACUGUCAUGCUGUGAACCAAAGGAUCAGGGGAGUUGGAAAACUCGAUGGAGAAGUCGUCACUCUUAUUAAGGAUCUUAAAAAGUGCCAAUAUUUCCAAAGGCAGUAACAAGAGAAUAAUAAAAAAAAAAAAAGGUUCAAGUUGAAGCUAAGAAAUAUAGCUGGAAGUGCAAUGCUUGCUAUUUCAUAGAGUUCAAAAGAGGCCAAGGGGAUUGGCGCUUGGAGUCAUCCUUGUAAGGGGAUUGGGGAGGAUCCAGUGUGAGGUGAGAGUAUUCAUGAAUGAAGCAUGAUGGGCUCUGUCUUUGAAUCACAGAUAUCCUUAUCUUACAAAACCAAUUCCUCUUCGAUUUUGAACCAAUGCCACCUGUUUAUUUGUGUGGUGAAUAUAUACAGUACUCUAUUUUGUGAAACAAUGUUUUUACCUCAUUUGUGCAUAUCAAAACAGAAGCAAUUGCUUU